AUGUCUCUCUCUGGGAAGGUCAUCAUCGUCACCGGCGGCUCCAAGGGUAUUGGAAGGGCCAUCUCCCAACGGCUGGCCCAAGACGGCGCCUCGGUUGUCGUCAACUUCUCCGGGGACGCCUCGGCCGCGGACGAGGUCGUCCAGGCCAUUGGCCAGGACAGGGCGCUCGCGGUGCAGGCGGACGUCGGCUCCGUCGCGGGGGUGGAGAAGCUGAUCGCCGCGACGGUGGAGAGGUUCGGCCGGGUCGACGUGGUCAUCCCCAACGCGGGGAUCAUGCCGAUGAGGACGACUGGGAACACGACAGAGGAGGACUUCGACAGGGCUUUUGCGCUGAACGUCAAGGGGCCGUAUUUCCUUGCACAGAAAGCAGCCGCGCACAUGGCGCCCGGCGGCCGUGUGAUCUUCGUCAGCACCGGCAUCGCAAAGGCCAGCACGGUGGCGCCGCCGUACCUGCUGUACGGCGCGACCAAGGGCGCGGUCGAGCAGAUGACCCGGAUCAUGGCCAAGGACCUGGCCGCCAAGGGCAUCAACGUCAACGCCGUCGCGCCCGGGCCGACGGGGACAGAGUUGUUCUUCGAGGGCAAGAGCGAGGCCAUGCUGGAGGGCAUCAAGAAGGCCAGCCCGUUUGGUCGCCUGGGGGAGCCUGAGGACAUUGCGAGUGUGGUGGCGUUCCUCAGCGGCAAGGACAGCGCGUGGGUUGCGGGGCAGAUUGUUCAUGUCAACGGGGCGGCUUUUGUCUGA